UGCAACUUCCGAUUGAACACAACAGUUAAAUAAGAACGUGUUUGAAUAAUCUGAUCAUCUGCAGCGGUUCAUUAUUGCAGAAUAAACUCCUCCACAGCUGUGUAAAGAGUUUCGGAUCAUGGAACGUGAAGUGAGCUGCAGUACAGAAGAUCUGAUCUCCAGCUCUGGGUUUCUGGAGGAACACGCGUAUGGAGCAGAUAAUGAAAUGGAGGAGGAGAACGUGGAGGAUAUGUUGGAUGAUAUUUUGGAUUUAGCUGGAGGUGCGAGAGACGCCAUCGAGAGACACAAAUCAGAACAAAACAGCGUGGAUACAAAAAAUAUCAGUUCUUCACCUGAAGGAACUGAGACACCAAGUACAUCUACACCUACAGGUCACUCUCAGUUGUUGGAGCUGCUGUACUGGAGGGACGUACAGAGGUCGGGGUGUGUAUUCGGGGCGUCUCUGUUCAUGAUGAUCUCGCUGAGCAUGUUCAGUGUGAUCAGCGUGUUCUCCAACAUCGUUCUGGCUCUGCUCUCCAUCUCCAUCAGCUUCCGAAUGUACAGAGGGGUCACUGCUGCCCUGCAGAAGAGUGAAAACGCACACCCCUUCAGGUCAUAUCUGGAGCAGGAUGUAAUUCUAUCAGAUGACGUGAUUCAUAAAUACACUGAUGUGGUGUUGAUGUAUUGCAACGACGGUAUGAAAGAACUGAAACGUCUCUUCUUGGUGGAGAAUCUGAUCGACUCCCUCAAGUUAGCAGUGCUGCUGUGGAUUAUGACCUACGUUGGUGCCGUGUUUAAUGCACUCACUCUUCUCAUCAUCGGUGAUGUUGCUGCGUUCACUUUGCCGAUAUUCUACACCAAAUACAAGACGCAGAUCGAUCAUUACUACACCCUGCUAAACAACAACGUCCAAAACGUGGUGAAAAAGAUUCGGAUGAUGAUUCCUGGAGCGAAAAAUAAAACUGAAUAAAGAAAAGCAGCAUUAAUGAAUCAAUAAACUUCCAGAAAAACAAAAAUACAAAUGAAAAUACCCUGAACACACACAUCCAUCUAAUAUCUCUUAUUAUUACCAUAGAAGUUUCUUAUUUCUUUUACUUUUUCUUUCUAGUCCUUUGUUUUACUUUUUAGAAUUAAAUACUUGAAAGAAUUUAAAUGUAAAUUCGUUUUAGUUUUUACAGUUGAUCUUUUUUAAUCACAUAAGAUGUAAAAGAUGUUUACUGCUUGGAUCUAUUGUGUGUUAAUGCAGUGAGUGUGAAUCUGCUGAGUGUUGAUCAAACUUAUGGACAUUUGAUAAAUUGUAUGUAUUUGUAUUCUUUUUGUUUUAUUGGAUGAGAUCUGUUACGUUUUACUGCUGUAUAAUGUUUCUUUUAUCAGUUUAUAGAAAAAGAAAUUAGAUUGUAUUAGAAUAAUAUAACUAAAGUCAAAUGUGAAUGUAAUUAAAUAAAUGCUGAAUUUUUAAUGUAUGAAUUCAUUACAUCAUACUUCAUAAAAUGAUGCUGACUGCUGUAGAAGACACAAAUAAAAAAUACAAGAAUGUAAA